AUGAUGGCUGACCGCCAGUCGGCAAUUGCAGAGCUGGUCAUAGUCCCUUUUAUGGAUGUUGCCAGCGCUACGCUUCUUGCCUAUGAUGUGAUGAUCAAGCUUGAUGUUGAGGUUGAGCAUAUUUGGAUGAGGAAAUGGUCAUUCUUGACGGUUGUAUACAUCAUACAACGUUAUCUCCCAUUCCUUGAUGGUGGAUCUGUUCUCUACUACCAUUUUGGAAAUUUGACUGACCAUUAUUGCACCUUGAUUUUCAACCUUAAUGCAUGGUCUUAUGUUGUUGGUAUCAGUCUGUCUCAAUUCAUUCUCACACUUCGUGUGUGGGCAGUCUGGAACAGGAGUAUCUCAGUGGGCAUAGGAUUCGUUAUAUUCUUCCUUGCCUGUUGGAUCCCAAGCUAUGUUCUCUUAGCACAAUUUUCAAGACUCACAUUUGGACCCUUUCCAAUUACAUACUAUCCAGAUUUUGGAUGCUUCUUUGCUAGCGCUUUACCUCUGUUACCAUUUUGGGUGUGCUGGUUGGCAUAUGACACUGGUACUUUUGUGAUGAUUCUGAUACCUGGUCUCAAAGCAUAUCAUAAGGGUAGCAGAUCAGGGCUUCUCAAGACUAUAUCUCAAGAUGGUGUUGCCUACUAUGUGAUCAUGUUCUUAUUCAUACUGAUAAAUGUGAUAUGCACUGUUGUUCUUCCGGUCGAGUUCCGAACCACUCUCAUGUUCUCAUUUGCGCGCAUCACACAUUCUCUUGGGACCAGUCGCAUCAUUCUCCAUAUUCGUCAAGCAGCCUGGAGACGCGCAUAUACUCACGAAACUUCGUUGUCGCAGAUUCCAUUCACACAAAACGGACACGAAGAAUCAUCUUCUGCCGCUAACAGCCUGAUACAUGAUCAUUUUGACGUGUCGGAGUUGUCGACUCAACUGUAAUAGAUUAGUAGAUAAUCGCC